AUGAAUUGUGCAUUCGAUAUUUGGAAGUUCACGCAAGAUCAAAAAUCAUUUCAUCCCGAAACAGACGUUCUAGCACUCUUGAAUAGUGGAACAUUUGGUGAAUUUGAUCGUGAAAUAAGCGAACAAAUUGAGUAUUGGCAAACGGGACAUCACCAAAAUGGUGACACAUGCAUAAUAGGUCGAUCAUCAUCCAUUACAGAAGUUGAAGAUUUAAAUUCAUUCACUGAAGAAAGUGAAGAAGAAGAAGAGGACGAAUAUCGAAUGGCUUCUGUGGAAACGGUUCAAUCAUCGCCAACCUGGAAUAACAGUGUAUCUAGCUUGGAUGAUUCAUGUUAUAAGGAUAAUGCUCUUGUACAGCUGAUAAAUUUGUUAAAAGAUAAAACUGAUUCAGUGAAUCUUAGUAAUCUUGAGCAAUUGAUCGAGGCAUUAUUGCUCAAAUGUAAUCCGAAUGAUGCUGAAAUGAUAAUGGGAAUGGCGAUUGGAACUGGCAAUCAGAAGAUAGAAAGAAAGGUUAAGGACAAAGAGGAUGAACUCAUUCAAGCAACUUCCAUACUUGGUGUAGCUUUACCAACCGUAGUUCCAUCAUCUUCACCAGCUCCACCACCACCACCUCCUCCACCUCCACCACCAUCAUCAGAAACCUCCGGUGGACCGCCACCUCCUCCACCGCUUCAACUAAAUGCCAAAGAGUCUAGAUUGUUAUCAAAAGAAAAAACUAGACAUACCGAAACAACUUCCAUACUUGGUGUAGCUUUACCAACCGUAGUUCCAUCAUCUUCACCAGCUCCACCACCACCACCUCCUCCACCUCCACCACCAUCAUCAGAAACCUCCGGUGGACCGCCACCUCCUCCACCGCUUCAACUAAAUGCCAAAGAGUCUAGAUUGUUAUCAAAGAAAAAACUAGACAUACCGAAAGUAUUGAAACCGAAAGCUAUGCCUAAAGCUGGAUCACAAAUGAAACAAAUCCAAUGGACCAAAAUACCCGUUGAAAAGGUAAUUGGCGACGGUAUGCAAAAAAUUCAUAACGUUUGGAUGUCUUCCGCACGGCUUUCUGAAAAUGAAUUACAUCUUAAUUUCGAUGAAUUAGAAUCGAUGUUUAGCUGUGGUACUACUAGAACGUGUACUGAUACGUCAAAGGUUGAGCGAUGUACUACUCGAAGGAAUGCUAUAAUUACUUUAUUGUCACAUAAACGAAGUUUUAAUGUGAGCAUUUUCCUGAAACAAUUUAAAGAAGGUACAUCUCAAAUUAUUGAAAAUGUUCGAAAAGGAUAUGGAGAAUUUUUUGGUCUUGAACGGUUAAAUAAUCUUCGUGCUAUUUUACCGGAUACUGAAGAGAUUGAAAUUUUACGAGGAUUUAGUGGUGACCAAUCACAGCUUGGUAUUGCAGAACAAUUCUUUUUAAGUUUAUUAACAGUACCAGAUUAUAAACUUAUCUUGGAUUGCAUGAUUUUAAAAGAAGAACUGGAUAUUGCUUUCGAAACUUUGCUACCUCAUAUUGAUACCGUAAUUAACAGUUGCAUAGAAAUUAAAGAAAGCAAAGCGUUACCAAAGAUCUUUUGCAUGCUUGUACAAAUUGGUAAUUUCUUAAAUGCAAAUGCAACUUUCGGGAAUGCUGCCGGAUUCAAACUUAAUUCACUUUGGAGAAUUUUAGAUGUAAAAGGGACGCAAAAAAGUAUCACACUUCUCCAUUUCAUUGCUAUGCAAGAUCGUGAAUGCACGGAAAAACUGCUGAAUGAACUGUUAACAGUACCGAUUGCUGCAAGGCUAUCACUGGAAUCAAUCCGAAAUGACGUCCGGACGAUCAGUGAUAAAUUAACCAACGUGAGUGGUGAAGUCAAAAAGCGAACUGAUAUUCAUUUUUUCGAAAAUACUAACCAUCAUUUCAUAAAUUCACGACAACAUAUGGCAAAUAUGCAAGAGCAAUUAGAGCAAAUGGAUCAAUUGAUUUCUUAUCUGGCAGCAUAUUUUUGUGAAGAUGAAAAACAUUUCAAAAUUGAGGAAUGCUUCAAAAUAUUGUCAACGUUCAUCUGUAGACUUCGAGAUGCGUUAACUGAUAAUGACAAACGUACAAGGCGACUAAAACGUCUGGAAGAAAGAACGAACGUGGAAAAUAUGGUAACGGAUAAUUCAUCAAAGUUUAAUUUACCAAAGAAGGCAAGCAAUAACAAUAAUAAUAACAAUAGAACAUUGGAAGAACUUUUGGAAAGCAAUUCUCAUUCGGAUACCCGUCACUCCAGAGCUCGUUCAAACAUUAGUCCGGACAAUACUGUAAUGAAACCGUUAAAUGAUGAUGAAAGGAAAGAUCGUAAAAUUGUCCAUCGAACAGUUCGUAAGCUAAGGGAUGAAGUACCUGAUGAGGGGAAUGACAUGUCACCAAUCAUGAAGUUACGAAAACAAUCACGAAACAAAAGUGAUGCUUAUCUGAUAAAACAUAGUCAGAAUUUGGAUGAAUUUCUGGAGGUAGCUGAAAGGGUCGAAAAGGAGGCUAUAAAGCAACAUGCUGAGUAUAACAAAGAAGUACCUGAUGAAUUAGUUGAAAUGCCUUCCACAUUUUCAACUUCUACAGAAAAUGCACCAUUAACGAUAACAGAAGUUGAAAGAAUGCUGCCAUCAAGUAGUACUAUACAAGAAAUAACUCCCGGGAAUAACAAAUCAGGAAGUACUGUACAACAUUCCGAUAGAGUUGCAACGAUACUUUGUUCGAUGGAUAAGAUGAAACAACGAGUUGCAGUAGAAAGAGUUGCCGAAAUUUCGUUAUCUAAGACAAUACGCAGCGUACGAACGAUGAAAUCAUUUCAGAAGACAUCUACUGCAAAAACUCCUGCUGAAGAUCCACGAAGUUCAUCUUAUCGAAGUAAAUCAUCUACAACCUCAGUAUCUCGUAAAUAUACACCAGAACAACAACCUAUCAGUAAGUCACCCAUUUACACGUCACAACUUUCUGCUACCUCUGUUUCAACAAAUGGAAAAGUUGGAACGAUAGAACAGACAUGUAAUGACUCAAAAAGUAUCCUCACAAAAUCAUCGGCGCAGUCUGAAAAACCACCCACUAAAGAAACUGUAAUAAAACGACGUAGCGGAAUAGUUCUAACGAAUAAAGCUGAAAUAGCUUCUUCAAGAAUUACCAAAACUACGUCUUCUCGAAAGCCUGGUAUAUCUGGUACAUCUGAUAUCAGUUUAGCCAAUGUUAUGCUUACAAAAAAUACAACAUCUGUACGCAUGUCAAAAAAAUUACCAUCAACUUAUAAUGCGGAUACUGAGACACCAUGUACAUCGAAUUCAUCUGCAGAAAAUUCACCACAACGUGCACAUGCUACUAAAGCCUUUCUUGCUUUGGCUAACCAUGAGCAAAACAUUGAUUCAGAAUUGUUAUUGGGGACAACUUGCCGAUCAACUCAUGCUAAAUCAACUGCAACAUCUACCAAAGGAGUAUUGCAUUCGCAUGAGAAUACUGCACAUCCAAUUGCCUUAUCAAAUCAUGAUCUUUCAUCCUCAAAGUUAAAUCCUACUAUAUCACGUCCAAAAUCAGCUCCACAACGAACAUUAGCAGUAACUGGUGCAACACCAUUAGCACGGGCAACAUUACCACGUUCUUCACCUUCCACACUACGACGACCUAUAAGAGGGACAACUAAACCUGGUCCACAAGUAUCAACUUCAAUACCCGUAACAAUACCAAGUCCUCACAACAGGACAAUGAAGCGUGCCGAUUCCUGUAGCACUGCUUCAAGACCUUUGUUGAUUAAAACUGGUACCCUAUCACGACCUAGGUGGAAAUAAUUCAACAAUGGAAGCAACAGUGAUAGUAUUCAAAAUUCAGCUUUCUGAUAUAAAUGUCGAGGAAAGAGGUAGAGGUAUCAAAAACUACAAGAAGGUAAAAAAGAAUAAGGAAUUGAUGUUUCAUCUUAUUCCGGUUAAGCAGUUCAAAGGUCUCUGUAAUAAAUGACCGUUGCAUUGUUAUUAGCAAAUAGCAUGUAUUCAGAAUGACAAUGAUAAAUUGGAAUAGCUCAAUCCGA